UCCAUGAUCAGAUGACAUGAUGUAGAGUAAUUGUUCCUGAAAUCUGGCCAGAUUUCUUGAGAUAAAUGCCAUCUAACGCCAUCCAUUUUGCGAUAUCUAUUCUUUGUGGCACUUUCGUACUCUCUAUCUACCCUCCCAAAGGGUAGGCCAGUUACCAUGAAAUUAUCUCUGUCCGAGCAGCUACCUUCUCGAUGCAUGACGAAUCAUGUAUCGAUAUAUUGCCAAGGUGACGGCCAUAACAUUAGAAGCGUCAGGAGCCUGCACAACGCGUGGAACUCUCUGAAGUGGCUCGUGGAUAGAGUCAUUGACGAGACUGUACAGUCAGACCCCGUGGUACGGUACAUCGGACCGAACAUGCCACUACCACCAUUUCCCUUUGAAAACUUGGAAUUGGAACAUACCCUCGAAUCCUCACCUGUUCACCCACUUUCCUCCCCAUUAACCGUCUCAUUAUCUUUGCGAACCUCUAUGAAUACCGACCGUCUAAGUAAUGAUAUACCUCUACGACGAUGGGCUCGCGUUCGAAACAGUGACGAAUCUCCGACCAAGGGCAUCUGUGGUUCAGCGAAACGAUAUAUCCGCUGCGUAGUCAGUAGCGAGGAGACGCCUGCGUUGAAACGGAGUGUUUUCUUGGGUUGUUGUCUACCGAAGAUUGGUUACUUCCUAGUCCUACCGCAGUACUGGCUCACGUGGACAUUUGAAAUAUCCAUCCUUCUCCCUUCAAUAGCCAGUCGAUUGACAAUAACAACCGUGAAGUCACCACCGCUCAAAUUUGCAAUUGCUCAACUUCAGAAACCGUCUCCGCCCACCACGAAGUUUUAUCGAGGUGCCGAAUCCACUAGAGCGCGCUGGCGUCAAGACCUGUAGCCAAUGAACGAGUGUGCGCAAUAAUCAAACCCUUCCUCACCUCGGCGGUCUGGCUGAGAAUAAGUUUCCCGUUUCGCAAAGUACGGUCAUAGUAGCGUUAAAGACAGGAAGUUGCGUCUUUGCUGGCACGAGCCAAUGGGACAACGGUA